AUGAGUAAACUACUGAAGCUCACAUCAGUCGCAGUCUUGACUUCGUCAUUAGCCGGUGCUUCUUACAUGUACGUCAUAGAUAGAAACGGUUAUCAUUAUCACAAUGCGACUUGGAAACGCGUUUCGGAUCAUGUACAGGGUAUUUUGGACCGCAAAGAUGAUCUUGUGGUACAUCAUAGAGGCCAGAACGCCCAGGAUGUAGUGGUCAGACCUUUUGGCGAGACCUUGAAAGACUUGUGGAAUGCACAGAUCAGAAGCAGUGUCGAUUGGAUCUACUCGUGGGGUAAGUGA